UCUAAAAUGGCGGCUCUUCAUUCUCCGAGGUAAAUUUACACUUUUUGAAGGUGUAGUUAUAAAUACUCAUGACGUAAUUUUUAUCAUCUAUGCAAACAUGAGGGCAAGGUUGCCGUGUGGAUUAUUGGGAUGCAUACGAGGCAUGGCUCUUUACCGAAGUUCUGGUUAUAUUGGAGGAAAAUGGAAAGAUUGCGAGACCAAGUUUCCAGUUUACAAUCCUGCGACGGGUCAAGAGAUUGGGAGAGUGUCUGAUAUGGGGAGAGAAGAUGCGGAAGAGGCUGUGAAACAGGCGUAUGAUGCAUUUAAAGUCUGGAAAAACGUGACAACAAAGGAGCGAAGUCAGAAACUACGUAACUGGUAUGACCUUAUUGUGAAGCAUGAGGGAGAUUUGGCUGAAAUGUUAACAUCAGAACAAGGGAAGCCAUUGUUUGAAGCUAAGGGUGAAAUCAAGUAUGGUGCUUCAUAUGUUGAAUGGUUUGCCGAGGAGGCCAAGAGGAUAUAUGGUGAUAUCAUUCCUUCACCUGCUUCUUCACGAAGAUUGUUUUCUGUGAAACAACCUGUUGGUGUUGCUGCUCUUUGGACUCCGUGGAAUUUUCCAGUUGCCAUGAUCACUCGAAAGGCUGCUGCAGCACUGGCUGCUGGAUGCACAGUAAUAAUUAAACCAUCAGAAGAAACUCCUUACUGUGCCCUGGCUCUACAGAAGCUGGCUGAAGAUGCAGGUUUUCCCCCUGGGGUGGUCAACACAAUUCCUUGUUCCCGUGACAAUGUGAAUCAAGUCACAGAUGCACUUCUUGGUAAUGACAUUGUGGCAAAAAUGUCAUUUACUGGCUCUACUGCAACUGGAAAGCUUCUCAUGUCAAAGUGUAUCGAUCCAAUCAAGAGGGUCUCUUUGGAGCUGGGGGGAAAUGCACCAUUCAUUGUAUUUGAUUCAGCUGAUGUUGAUGCAGCUGUCGCAGGAGCACUGGGUGCUAAGUUUAGACAUACUGCACAGACCUGCAUUUGUGCCAAUCGCAUCUUAGUUCAGGACAAAAUUUACGAUGAAUUUGCAUCUAAGUUUGCUGCGGCAGUUGAUGAACAACUGAAAGUUGGAAAUGGAAUGGAUGCAUCAUCAACGCAAGGACCACUUAUAAACGAGAAAGCUGUGGAGAAGGUUGAAAGUCACGUAAAGGAUGCUUUGUCCAAAGGCGCCAAAUGUCUAAGAGGAGGUCAGCGGCAUGAACUUGGAGGUAACUUCUUCCAGCCGACUGUCCUGUCGGACGUCACACGUGAUAUGAUCAUCUGUAGUCAAGAGACCUUCGGGCCUGUGGCUCCUCUCAUAAGGUUCAAAACCGAAGAGGAGGCCGUGGCAAUAGCUAACGAUACCUCAUCAGGAUUAGCAGGAUACUUUUACUCCCAAGACGUGAGCCAAAUCUGGCGCGUGGCUGAGGCCAUGGAAGUGGGUAUGGUAGGGGUAAACGAAGGAAUCAUUUCAUCAGAGAUUGCACCUUUCGGUGGCUGGAAGCAGUCCGGGUUAGGGCGAGAAGGUUCAAAGUAUGGAAUUGAGGAAUAUCUCGAGAUCAAGUAUAUCUGUUUGGGAGGAAUCACUAAUUCAUGAAAACUGAACACAGACCUGAUGCAAGACCUCAUGGAACAAUAACAUUGAGCUUUUUAAGUUUAGAAAUUAGUUUACAGUCUUGACACGUGUCGAUGGACUUAAAAAAAACGCUGGGGAGAUUUCAUAGUAAACAGGAGACCGUAGACUUUAAAUCUUCCCGAAAGUGCGACUCGCUCGGGAAUUGUGUCGACGGUUUUUUUUUCUAGGUAAGAGAGAUAAUCGAAUAACGUUAGGUUAUGAUUA